UGUGCACUUGUAUAGUCUUUCUAGUCUGUGGUGUUAUGUCAUACCUCCAUACUAGUGAAUUUUUAUUAUGAAUUAAUAGGGUCGACAGUAAAUAUGGCGACUCUUAUCCGCACUACAUUUGUAAAAGUGGUAAGCCCUGCGCAGAGUGGCAAGAUAGCAGGAUGCACAAUUAUCCAAAAGCGAGAUAUUAUGGGGAAAACUUUAAGGGAGUCGCUUCCACCCCGCCCGCCUAAACCAGCACCCUUUGAUUACGUCAAUAAGGAUUAUACAUGGUUCCGAAGUUUGUUUGAUAGGACUACCCAUAGGUUGGACGAAAAUUCCAAAGUGGUUAUUGUAGAAGGCCCAGUAGCAGCUGGUAAAACUCAGUUUGCAUCUGCCCUUGCUGCUGACCUAGGUAUGAAGCAUUUUCCUGAAGCCAAUAUGGACAUCCACUAUAUACAACAAGGGGUUGAUCUUCGCACGUUCAACGACCGUGUCCCUCCAGACACAAGAACAUUCGACCACAUUGAUUUUAAUGAAUGCCCUAACCACCGCUUGGCUGGUAAUUAUCAGAUUAUGAUGUACAUGGCCAGGGUUAACCAGUACAUUGAUGCAUUGGCUCAUCUAUUAAACACUGGACAAGGUGUUGUGUUGGAAAGAUCUCCAUUUUCUGAUUUUGUGUUUCUUGAAGCUAUGUUCUCUCAGAAGUUUUUAAGCAAGGGAGUAAAGUCUAUUUACUAUGAGUUGAGGGGCCAAACAAUUGAAGAUCUGCUGCGUCCUCAUCUAGUCAUCUAUCUUGACAUUCCUGUCGACAAGGUACAAGAAGCAAUCAAGAAGCGUGGACACAAACAUGAAGUAUGUGGCAAAGCUCUGACACCUGGUUACUUGCAAGAAAUGGAAAGGCAAUAUAAGAAUAAAUAUCUUCGUGACAUUUGUACCCAUGCCGAGCUUUUAGUGUAUGACUGGACUGGGGGUGGUGAGGUUGAAGUGGUAGUCGAAGAUAUUGAACGUCUCGACUUUGAUCAGUAUGUCCACCGAGAUGAGCCAAAAAUGAAAGACUGGAGGCUGCCCCGCGAAGUGGAGUGGUCUGAUCAGCGAAUGAUUUUCACUAACAACAAGCACAUUUUCAUGAACCUCUUCAACAUACCAAGAACUGAUGUGCCAGAAUUGGUCACCAGUGCUGACGACAUGCAUGCCUAUACUCAGGUGGUGUACGGUGACCCAAAAAUAAGGUUCUUGGAAGGCUACAACGCUGAGGCUGGUGACACGGGCCUAACCAUGAAGAAUAAAAUGCCCAAGUAUACAGAAUACUUCUAAAACGGGAUUAUUUAGCUUAUUUGUGAAUAUUUAAUAAAAUUAGUAACCGUUAA